AUUUAGCUUUUAAAAUGUCUUAUAUGUUAGCACAUUUACAUAAUGGAUGGCAGGUGGAUCAGGCUAUAUUGUCAGAAGAAGAUAGAGUUGUGACAGACCAGUAACAUCCUCUCUCAUGGAAACAACUUAAAAUUCAAGCUACAUAAAAACCCGGAUUAUUGUGGUGGAUCAGAAAAAUAUUGGAGAUUAUCAAGAUGAGGAUCAAAAGAAAUAUGGAAACUAAUCUCAUGCAUUGGAAAAAUUAAUGAAAGAUAUACACUCAUGGCAUUGACAUCAGUAAAAAUCAUACUCUUCAUUCAGCAAGACAUGCAUUCCCAUAGGUGUGGGCAGACUCACAGAUUCAGUAGCAUAUUUACUCUUUGAAUCUGUAGCUCCAUUCAACUAUUACUUUUUUUGCAAAUGAUAUCUUGAACAGUGUACUAUUAUACUAUGAUCUGUGUCAUCCGAUUUGGGCAUGAUUGGGAUCCAUCCUGCAUGAAAAUGGAUGAAGUACUCUAUAGUAUUGCGGAAAAAGUGAAAAAUUUUGCUGUGGUAUAUUUGGUCGACAUUACAGAAGUUCCCGAUUUCAAUAAAAUGUACGAGUUGUACGAUCCAUGUACUGUUAUGUUCUUCUUCAGGAAUAAACACAUCAUGAUUGAUUUGGGUACUGGUAAUAACAAUAAAAUCAACUGGCCAAUAGAAGAUAAACAGGAAAUGAUUGAUAUACUGGAAACGGUGUACAGAGGAGCAAGAAAAGGACGCGGUUUAGUUGUAUCUCCCAAAGAUUAUUCCACGAAAUAUCGAUAUUAGUUUUAUUUUAUUUUCAAUCACUGCUAGUGGUUGUAUUUUAGAGAAAAUGGUUAUUAUUUGAUAAUUGAGAGCAUUUUUGUAUACAUGUAGGAAAUUAAUUUAUUUGAAUUGUAUUAAUUAUUAAUCAGUUGUAAUGGUUGCCAUUGAGUCAUGAAUAAAUACAUUUUAAAAAAUGUAUGACCUUAA